AUGAAUCCCGAAAGAGAGCUGCGUCAAACAACUUCCAUUCUGGAGCGCAUAGGGACAGACAUUGCAAUUACAGCAGCACAGCUCAGCGAUCAUAUUCAGCAAAACAACUACCAACUACCAUCUUUCGACGUCAACACUCCUAUUCAGGUGCUGCCUUCCACUGCCAGCCAAGAAGCUCAUGAACUCCGCCGCAAACUGAAACGGGAUGCGUUGGCAUUGUUUCGCCUCGCCAGUGGGCCAAGCGAAUAUACUGCUCAUUUGUCUAUGAAUCAUCAAUAUACCGUUAGUCUCCGCUAUCUCAGUCAGUUCCAGAUAUUCAAUCUAGUUCCACGAGAAGGAUCAAUCAAUAUUUUGGAUCUAGCUGCGACCGCUCAGCUUCCUUUAGAUCAACUCACCACCGUCCUCCGGAUGGCAGCCACGGGUGGUCUUUUUGAAUUUCAUUCUACUGAUACCAUCGCGCAUUCGGCAGCUUCUUUGCUUCAUGCCAGUAGCCCUCAGUUUACUGCAUGGAAUACUUGCAUAUCGCAAUAUGUGUUCAAUGCGAGUGCGCAGCUUCCAGCAGCGACACAACGAUGGGGUAACAGUCGUGAUCCCACCCAUAGCCCAUUCAAUCUUGCGUAUAACUCGACAUCGCCAUUUGGGAAGUUUUUAGCCGACAAUCCCUCCAUCGCGCAAGUUAUGGGUCAGUUUGUCCAAGCCACUGAAAUGGUAGACUCUAAUGAUGUCCGGCACCUUGUGACGGGGUAUGAGUGGGGACAUUUAGAAGAGGCUGUUGUUGUUGAUGUGGCUAGUACAAGCCUUGCUAGUAGUAUUGCGCUAGCGAAAGUGUUCCCAUCUCUUUCAUUUGAGAUUCAACCACAACAGAAGGCAGUAGCGCAUAUAAACUCCGUUCAUGAAUCUCUGGAUGCAGAACUUCGAUCGCGAAUCACUAUCAUCCAAACUCAAGCAGAUUCGAGUGUAGGCGAGGCACCAAUGGAAGAAGAAAAAUCAUGCUCGGAAAGAACCCAAUCUGGUCCUAAAAUCUUCCUCCUUCGACACGCUCUCCACAAUCUUCCUGAUUUUAUGUGCGAAUCUAUUCUGAAGAAUCUCUUAUCCGCAUUGCAUGCUCAAAAGCCUCAUGGUCGGAUCUUGAUCAUGGAUUUGGUUCUUCCCGAGUAUGGUGAGCUAGAUCCAUAUGAAGAAGCCAUGUUGCAAACUAGACAGAUGAUUCAAUUGGAACUUGCCAAUGGUCGAGGACGGAGUAUCACGAAUUGGAAGGUUUUGGUGGGUCGGGUGGAGAGUGAGUUGGGUCGAUUGGCAGUGCGGAAGGUUUCGAGGCCGCUUGGUAGUGAUUUGUCAAUUCUGGAGAUUGAUAUGGAUGCCUGA